AUGUUUCCUUCACCCUCAGGCGGUUCAGUUGAGAACAGACAGAGCAAACCUCGCCUUCCUCCUGGCCCAGUGCCGCUCCCACUGUUAGGGAACGUCUUAUCUAUUGACACCAAGGAGCCUUGGUUGACUUAUACGAAAUGGCGUGCUGCUUAUGGAGACUUGCUCUUCAUGCGAAUCCUGGACCAGGAAGCGGUCGUGAUUAAUUCUCAGCACGUUGCAGAAGCCUUGAUGGACAAGCGUUCUCGGAUUUACUCCGAUCGACCAUACUUAGCCACAGUCGAGCCAUUUGGCUGGUCCACGAUCACCUUUGCAUUCACAGGCUAUGGUGACGAAUGGCGUCUUUCCCGACGACUCUUCCACCAAACUUUUCGUCCUAACUCUACACUCAAGUUUCGCCCGGUGCAGAUGAGACGGGCUCGUGAGAUGAUCGUCAACCUAAUCGAUGACCCUCAACAUUAUCAUGACCACUUCGCAACCUUCUCGUCAUCGGUUGGGAUGUCUGUUAUAUAUGACUAUCAGCCCAGCGCUCGUGAUGAUCCUUUGAGAGAGCAAUCUUGCUUCAACUCUUCCCCUUCUUUACCCGACUGGUGCUGGGGAUCUUCCAUCAAACGCGAUGCUCAAAUUUCGACCGAUCGUAUGAAUGAAAUGAGGGACUUACCAUUUCAAUCUGCGCAGCAGCAUAUGGCUGAAAACUCGUUUCUCGGCCAGUUCUCAAUGGUGGCAGAAAAUUUGCAACGAAUGGAGAAACAAGACGAGGCAUCCAAGCCAAUAUUCGAGGUUGCCUUGAAGAGAGCAGCUGCAGCUGCAAUUUUGGGUUCAUAUGAGACGACCUCUUCGACCUUGAUGGUUUUUGUUCUCGCCAUGGUAUUGUAUCCAGAUGUCCAGAGACACGCACAAGCGGAAAUCGACUCGGUGGUCGGAAGAGAUCGCUUACCUACGUUUGAGGACAGAGCAUCACUACCUUAUGUUGAAUCAAUUCUGCGGGAGACUUUCCGAUGGCACCCCAUUCUACCUCUCGGCGUUCCACAUGCCACUUCGAGUGACGAUACAUACAAUGGUUUUUUCAUUCCGAAAGGAACGACCGUCAUGUGUAACGUCUGGGCCAUUUCACGGGAUGAAAAGCGGUACCCUGACGCAUCUCGCUUUAUGCCAGAGAGGUUCAUAGACGUUGAUGGUGCCUUGACGGAUGAUGACCCUGCGGGGUACAUUUUUGGUUUAGGCCGGCGUGCAUGUCCAGGGCGGUAUGCCGGUGAUGCCUCUGUGUGGUCUGCUAUUGUGACCAUGUUGGCCACGGUAAACUUUUCUUUCGCCAAGGAUGACCAGGGCAAAGUGAUCGACUUCACCCCUCAAUUCAACACGGGACUCAUUCGCUCCGUCAAGAUAUUCCCUUGCAAUAUUUCGCCACGUUCUCAUGUCCAUUCAGGACUUGUGGAUCUUCUCUGA